AUGAACGCUUUAAGGAAGCUAUGGCUCUCCAGCAAUAACUUCAGCGGAGAAAUCCCCACCUCGUUUGCAAAAUUAUCGCACUUGAUUGAGUUGCAACUCGAUAAUAAUUUGUUCUCCGGGGAGAUUCCCACGAUGGAACUACCCUUACUCGAGAUUCUCGACUUAUCGAAUAACAAACUACAAGGACAGGUUCCUUCGAAUUUGAUGAGAUUCGGAGCACAUUCAUUUAGGGGAAACCCCGGUUUAUGCGGGGCUUAUUGGCCCAUGCUAUGCAGCGGCCAUGAUGAUUGUAACGAUGACAAACCAUCGACGGGAGUUAGCAAUGUUCAAACCGAUACGCACACGCCGAAAAGAAUAACGUUACAGAUGAUGACGUUUGUGGGGGUGAUUUUUGGUGUUAUGGGAGCAGGAACAAUUCUCUCAAGAUAUAGGCAUCAUGAUGAGAAAUCCGACAUCCUUCCUACGACUAUGAGUGAUAGUUCGGUUUGGAGUCAAAAAAAGGUAAGUAGUCGAGUAGUGUCAAUAAAAGGGGAAGGUGUCGACAAUUUGAUUUUUGUCAACAGAGAUAAGGGUGUGUUUGGUAUGCUUGAUUUGAUGAGAGCGGGUGCGGAAGUUUUGGGACAUGGGCUUUUGGGGUCGUCUUAUAAGGCUACGAUGAGUAAUGAAUUGAAGGUGGUGGUGAAAAGGGUCAAAGAUAUGAACAAGGUUGAGAGAGCCAGUUUCGAUGAGGAAAUGAGUCGAAUAGGAAAAUUACGCCAUCAAAAUCUAUUACCGUUGUUGUCCUAUCAAUAUCGAGCCGAGGAGAAAUUGCUUGUUUCUGAAUUCAUCUCUGAAGGCAGCUUGACAUGCUUAUUGAACGGUGAUCGCGAUAAAUUCGAUUGGCCAGCUCGGUUGAAGGUUGUUCAAGGUAUUGCUCAAGGUCUAUCCUAUCUUCAAAGCGAGCUCCAAUCAUCAUCUGACUUGCCUCACGGGCAUCUCAAAUCAAGCAAUGUCCUCAUCGGCCCAGAAUUCGAGCCAUUGCUUGUGGACUACGGCUUCGACGCCCUAAUGAAGCCUGAACAAGCCGCUGAAGCACUAGCCAGCUACACUUCUCCGGAAGCUUCCGAAGGCCACCACAAAGUUACAUCCAAAUCAGAUGUUUAUUGCUUAGGAAUCAUCAUACUCGAGAUCCUUACUGGAAAGACCCUCUCACAAUGUAACGAUAGUGACAAGAUAGAUGACAUCAUAACCGCCAUAAAUGACAACAAGGAACAAGAUGUCAUAGACUCGGAACUAGUUAAGACGAAGAACACUACGGGAGAGAUUAUAAAGUUGAUGAGGAUCGGAGUGAACUGCACAAAGAGCGAUCCCGAUCUACGGUUAGAGCUUGACGAAGCGAUCAAGAAGAUCGCGGAUGUUCAAGCGGAAGGGGUCGAGAUUGAGGAAGAUAAUGUGCAAGAACAAGCACACACAGAGACCUUACGGGAAGAACAUGACCAAUCUGAGCAGGAGCAAUUCAGAUGA